GGAACUGCAGCCAUGAAUGAAGAAAAUAUAGAUGGAACAAAUGGAUGCAGUAAAGUCCGAACUGGUACACAGAAUGAAGCAGCGUUACUUGCUCUGAUGGAAAAGACUGGUUACAACAUGGUUCAAGAAAAUGGGCAAAGGAAAUUUGGUGGUCCUCCUCCAGGUUGGGAAGGUCCACCUCCACCUAGAGGCUGUGAAGUUUUUGUAGGAAAAAUACCUCGCGAUAUGUAUGAAGAUGAGUUAGUCCCUGUAUUUGAAAGAGCUGGGAAGAUAUAUGAAUUUCGACUUAUGAUGGAAUUUAGUGGUGAAAAUCGAGGUUAUGCUUUUGUGAUGUACACUACAAAAGAAGAAGCGCAGUUAGCCAUCAGAAUUCUUAAUAAUUAUGAGAUUCGACCAGGGAAGUUUAUUGGUGUAUGUGUAAGCUUGGAUAAUUGCAGAUUAUUUAUUGGAGCUAUUCCCAAGGAAAAGAAAAAAGAAGAAAUUUUGGAUGAAAUGAAGAAAGUUACAGAAGGAGUUGUAGAUGUCAUUGUUUAUCCAAGUGCGACUGAUAAGACUAAAAAUCGUGGUUUUGCAUUUGUUGAAUAUGAAUCUCACAGAGCUGCUGCUAUGGCCCGGAGAAAACUAAUUCCAGGAACAUUCCAACUAUGGGGCCAUACCAUUCAAGUAGAUUGGGCUGACCCAGAGAAAGAGGUUGAUGAGGAAACCAUGCAGAGAGUUAAAGUUCUCUAUGUUAGAAAUUUAAUGAUCUCAACUGCAGAGGAAACAAUUAAAGCAGAAUUCAAUAAAUUCAAACCUGGUGCAGUUGAAAGAGUAAAGAAACUUAGAGAUUACGCUUUUGUUCAUUUUUUCAACCGAGAAGAUGCAGUGGCUGCUAUGUCUGUUAUGAAUGGGAAGUGCAUUGAUGGAGCAAGUAUUGAGGUAACACUGGCAAAACCAGUAAAUAAAGAAAAUACUUGGAGACAGCAUCUUAAUGGUCAGAUUAGCCCCAAUUCUGAAAACUUGAUUGUGUUUGCUAACAAAGAAGAGAGCCAUCCAAAAACUCUAGGAAAGUCACCAGCUCUUCCAGCUCGUCUCAAUGGUCAGCAUAGCCCAGGCCCCUCUGAAAUUGAUAGAUGCACUUACCCAUUUUUUCCUGGAACAAAGCUUACUCCAAUUAGUAUGUAUUCUUUAAAAUCAAAUCAUUUCAAUUCUGCAGUAAUGCAUUUGGAUUAUUACUGCAACAAAAAUAAUUGGGCACCACCAGAAUAUUAUUUAUAUUCAACAACAAGUCAAGAUGGCAAAGUACUCUUGGUAUAUAAAAUCGUUAUUCCUGCUAUUGCAAAUGGAUCCCAGAGUUACUUCAUGCCAGACAAACUCUGUACUACGUUAGAAGAUGCAAAGGAACUGGCAGCCCAGUUUACAUUACUUCAUUUGGACUACAAUUUCCGUCGCAGCUCAAUAAAUAGUCUUUCCCCUGUUAGUGCUACCCUCUCUUCUGGGACUCCCAGCGUGCUUCCUUAUACUUCAAGGCCUUAUUCUUAUCCAAGCUAUCCCUUAUCACCAACAAUAUCACUUGCUAAUGGCAGCCAUGUUGGACAGCGACUGUAUAUCUCCAAUCAGGCCUCAUUCUUCUGA